GAAGCAAAGACACCAGACAUGACACAAGAGGAGGACUUAACAAAAUAAAACAGGAAAUGACACACAAGACAGACAAAACAUACAAGACUCCAGGGACUGAUAUGACAGAUCUAGGCAGAAAUUGUAGGAAAAUGUGUGUGAUUAAAAGUUUGAAGAGCUCCAGUGUCUACUGUAUGUUUGUUAAAAGUAUUGACAAAAGAGCUUGAAUGAAAGCUCAGUGUCCCUUUUAACGUGAUACUAAACAUAUUAAUAAAACACACUGAAAUAUGUCGUUAACAAGGGUAAAUACCAAGAUAUACACUAAUGACAAAAAUACAUUUUUUCAGUGGGGUAGGGAAACUUUCACAGCUGAUAACACUAAUUUAGCUGUGACUCCAGAAUGGUUAUCAUACCAAAAUGUUGACUACAGACAUGUAUCCUCUCAAAAAGUAUAAGUAACCUUUGCCACCUUGAGUGGUACCAUCUGGUCUGGCCCAUGGACUACAGUAAUAACGCACAUACACAGAAAUAGUCGAAUCCACCGUUCAUAUUGUAUUUUUCCAUCAGUUGGCCAGAGCAGGGUUUCUGUUUCACUAUUACUCACACUCACUAAAAGGAAAACAACAUCUGACUCCUCCCCUUCUGUUUUUCUUCAUAAGUGACCAGUGCUACAUGAAGCCUCCCCAGAAAGAAACAUAGAUGAAGGAUUGAAUUCAUCUGACAACAUUUAUUCUCUGUUCUUACAGUGAAAAUCAGAGAAGUGCUUCAGUCUCCAGUAUCAAGAAGAACCUGAGAUCAUCAUGGGGGAUCCAGCUGAGUUGGUCCGAUGUGAGGAAUCUGUUAAAGAAGCACUGAAAACUGGUGAUGCUGCUUUGAUAGCUGAAAAGGUGAAAGAAUAUUUGGAGAAGCAUGAACAGGUUCCACUAAACAUUGCUGUCACAGGAGAGACUGGUUCUGGUAAAUCCUCCUUUGUUAAUGCCUUUAGAGGUGUCGACAACAAAGAUGAGAAUGCUGCUGCUACUGGUUGUGUAGAAACCACCAAAGAGGUUAAAAGUUACAACCAUCCAAAAUAUCCCAAUGUUACAUUAUGGGAUCUCCCUGGCAUUGGAACCACCAUGUUCCCAGCUGACAAGUAUCUGAAACUUGUAGGAUUUAAGAAGUUUGACUUCUUCAUCAUCAUCUCAGCUGAUCGCUUCAGAGAAAAUGAUGCAAAACUCGCUCAAGAGAUUCAGAAGAUGGGGAAGAAGUUCUACUUUGUUCGUACCAAGAUUGACCUGGACAUGAAGAAUCAGGAAAGAAGUCAGAGAGACUUCAAUGAGAAAAACAACCUUCAUCGAAUCAGAAAAAACUGCAUUGAAGGUCUUGAAAAGCUUCUUAUUCCAUCUCCAAAGGUCUUCCUGAUCUCCAACUUUGACCUCCACCUGUAUGACUUUGAGCGUUUAUGUAACACCUUAGAAAAGGAACUUCCUCAACACCAGCAACAUGUUCUGCUCCUUGCUUUGCCCAACAUCAGCCAGGAGGUCUGCAAUAAGAAGAGAGAGGUUUUACAGGCCAAGAUACAAUACUAUGCAUUAAUGUCUGCAGUUGGAGCUGCUGUACCACUUCCUGGCACCUCUACUGUUGUUGAUGCAAGCAUCAUUCUGGCAUUUGUCACAAAGUGUGAAGAUGUAUUUCAUAUUGAUGGAGGGGAACUGCUUCUUUCUCUUGUAAAAGAACCAGUAAAGUCAGGUGGAAAACUGACUUUAGCUCUUAUACUCCGUGUUUUGUCCUCAUCUAUACUUUCUACUUCAUUAAAAGCAACAGAGGAAGGAACCAGAUUCAUCCCAGGAAUUGGAAUCCCAAUAGCAAUGGGUCUGUCUUCCCUAACAACGUACAAUGCUCUCAAAUUUUUUCUUGACAAUUUCACUAAAGCUGCACAAAAGGCUAAUAUGAAGGCAGUGGGUUUGAGCACCUAUAUCAUCAUGGGGGAUCCAGCUGAGUUGGUCCGAUGUGAGGAAUCUGUUAAAGAAGCACUGAAAACUGGUGAUGCUGCUUUGAUAGCUGAAAAGGUGAAAGAAUAUUUGGAGAAGCAUGAACAGGUUCCACUGAACAUUGCUGUCACAGGAGAGACUGGUUCUGGUAAAUCCUCCUUUGUUAAUGCCUCUCGAAGCAUCGACAACACAGAUGAGAAUGCUGCUCCUACUGGUUGUGUAGAAACCACCACAGAGGUUAAAAGUUACAACCAUCCAAAAUAUCCCAAUGUUACAUUAUGGGAUCUCCCUGGCAUUGGAACCACCAGGUUCACAGCUGACAAGUAUCUGGAACAUGUAGAAUUUAAGAAGUUUGACUUCUUCAUCAUCAUCUCAGAUACUCGCUUCAGAGAAAAUGAUGCAAAACUCGCUCAGGAGAUUCAGAAGAUGGGGAAGAAGUUCUACUUUGUUCGUACCAAGAUUGACCUGGACAUGAAGAAUGAGGAAAGAAGUCAGAGAGACUUCAAUGAGAAAAACACCCUUGAUCGAAUCAGAAAAAACUGCAUUGAAGGUCUUGAAAAGCUUCUUAUUCCAUCUCCAAAGGUCUUCCUGAUCUCCAACUUUGACCUCCACCUGUAUGACUUUGAGCGCUUAUGGAACACCUUAGAAAAGGAACUUCCUCAACACCAGCAACAUGUUCUGCUCCUUGCUUUGCCCAACAUCAGCCAGGAGAUCUGCAAUAAGAAGAGAAAGAUUUUAAAGGCCAAGAUUAAAUACCUUGCAUUCGCGUCUGCAGUUGGAGCUGCUGUACCAGUUCCUUUCACCUCUGUUGCUGUUGAUGGAAGCAUCAUUCUGGCAUUUGUCACAAAGUGUCAAGAUGUAUUUCAGAUCAAUGGAGUGGAACUGCUUCAUUCUCUUAUAAAAGAACCAGUAAAGUCAGGUGGAAAAAUGACUUUUGCUCUUAUACUCCGUGUUUUGUCCUCAUCUGCAUUUUUAACUUCAUUAAAAGCAGCAGAGGAAGGAACCAGAUUCAUCCUGGUAGUUGGAAUCCCAGUAGCAAUGGGUCUGUCUUCCCUAGCAACCUACACAGCUUUCACAUUUAUUCUUGACAAGUUCACUGAAGCUGCACAAAAGGCUAAUAUGAAGGCAGUGGGUUUGAGCACCCAAGUGUGAUAUAGAGUUAAUAACAUCACACUUUGAAAUCUGUGGUGGAACAAAAAUCAGCAUUUAAAUGUAACUGACACCAUAUUAACUGAUUAAUGUAGUUAUUUGUUUUUACAUGACAUUUAUUUCAUGUGUUGAGUCAAUUCAUUCUGAGCAUCAGGAAUAAGUUUAAGUCUAGCUACACUUUUAGGAAAAUAUGAGCUAUAAACACCACCGUCUCAUAAUGAUUUUUGAAAUGUUGGUUUGUUAGUUUAAAAACACUGUCAUUACUGUUAACAUUAUGAACUAAUUAAAAAAAUACCAUGUAUCUACUGCUUCUAUCUGUCUAUCAGUUUCUGUAUAUGAUCAGUCACAUUCAUUGUUUUUGAUUAACUCAGAAUAAUCUAUGUUACAACAAACAAACAAACAAUCAAAGUUACAACCAUCCAAAAUAUCCCAAUGUUACAUUAUGGGAUCUCCCUGGCAUUGGAACCACCAAGUUCCGAGCUGACGAGUAUC